AAACCACUGGACUACCGAAGCCGUUAAUAUAAAAAGAAAAAUAUGUUAAAUCAUACGUAAUGAGAACAAGAAAUUAGAUAAUGCUAAAAACAAGUUGAGAGAUGCGAACAGCGUGUGUCACCAAUAAAAACAACUGUUCGUUAGUCAUUUGGCCAGUCGCUGAACGAAGUUUGCAACGUUAACUCCUCGCAUUGUAUUGAGUUGGAGUCCUUGAUACCGGAUCUUGAGAUAUACAAUACAAAUAAACAAAUAUGUCGAGGCUUGCAUACUUUAUGGCCAUAUUGGGGAUCACGUGUGCGGCCACCUACAGACAGUAUUUGCCUGCAAAACCACAGGAAUUAGUUGACAAAGAGGGCUGCUAUAUAAAGCAGAUCAACGAUGUUAUACCUUUCGGUGCUCAGCUCACCCCCAUUGGAGAAUGUGUCAGGAUACAGUGUGGGAAAGCUUUAAUACACUACGCUACAUGUGCACUAAUCGGUACAGAGGAUCCUAACUGUUACGUGACCGAUACAGACCUCAGCAGACCAUAUCCUGACUGCUGUCCGACAGUCAAGUGUGAUAUUGAUAAUAAUUUAAUAUAAAUUGUCUAAGGUAACAUUUAAGAGCAUCUAGAAUUUUGGUUGUUAUUUAUUAAAGAUGGCAAUACUAAAAUUAUGAUUAUUAGUUGUAACAUACGUUAUGACUGUUACAAUUCUCUGUAUGUUUCUUAUUAUACAAUGUAACAUGUACAUAAAAUUAUAUUAAAUAUAACAUGUAUUACAAUAUAUAAUUAAUUGUAAUAAAUUAUCUCUAUUUUUGCAUAUAAAUGUAAGUACAUGUAUAAAGUUUAUACAAAGUUAAAAUAAUUCGUAAUAUUAAUUUAGUCAGAGUGCAUACAGGUUUUGGCAGUGCUCUAGUCCUCACACUAGGCUGUCUAUUGUGGGUGACUAGUUCACUCCUUAUUAUAAUAGAAAACAAAACAAGUUUCUAUGAACAGAUUUAAGACAAUAAAAUAAAGAACUUUUUUCAUUAAUAAGUAAUAAAAAAACUGAAAUCUUAAACAAAAAAAGCUGCAGAAAAGUAAAAUGCCUCAAUGUAUAUAGAACAAUAUAAUAUAUGUUAUAAUUGAUAUAAUUUAGCGUAUAUAUAAUAAAUUCUUAAUGGAUCUUUUAAAUUAAAUCUAUUUUGAUAGGUAGACAUUGUCAGUUUUGGAGUAUAAUCCUUUUUAAUUCUAUGAGAGUCUACCUACCCACCGACUUGUUCUAGACUAGUUCAGACCAGUAAGCUCCAAUGGUAGAUAAUAAAUUAUAAUUUCAAUAAAAUAUUGGUAC